UUUGGUGCUCCGUAGGGAAAAUAUGACAGAAGUGUUACCAAAAAACUGCAUUAGUAACAAGUUCAAGAUCGUUCAAGAUGGUGUGACAGGUAAUACGAACUGUCAUCUUGGUACCAGCUUAAAUGUGGUGAGAGACGAGGAAUCUGCCCAAGAAAUAGUUGGUAUGGGUUUAUUUAUACGCUGUUUUCGAGAGUGGGAUGCAAAUACGAGUGAUGUUGAUUGAUUUCGUUAACGUUGCUGUUGUGAGAGGUGAUUUUUCUGCAACAUAAAAGGGCAACCCAUCAAAAAAUCGGAAUGCCACAAGAUGUUUUGCAGAAUCACACAGGGAAACCACCUAAAAGCAAACGGAUUAACAUUCCCAGAGUUCAGAGUAACGCUGAAAGCGAAAUGCACAAUUUUCAGAGUCAGAGCUUUCGCUCUGAUAUGGAUGGUGACAGUUUGAUACCACCAUUAUUUAGAACUCGGCUACAUGAACUUUUCUUACAGAUUGAGAAGGAGUUUGAAGUUUUAUAUAUGGAAAAUUUGAAUUUGCAGGAAAAGGUUGAUACUCUGAAUGAGAAGUUGGAACGCGAAUCCUUCAUCGGUGAUAAGCAGAGUUAUGACUUCACAGAUUUUGAUAAUUCUUCAUCAAAGGGUUUAUCAAAACAAAAAUCUGCAACAGGUUCUGGGUCCCAAAAAGUCAAAACAGCACACAAACUGAAAGCCCAGACAAGCAAGAUUGUAUCCAGUUUCAAAGGUCCCACUGUAAGCUGCUGUCUAGUGCGGGAGUACUCCGGUCACAAGGAUGGGAUAUGGGAGGUGGCUGUGGCCCGUCCAGGACAGCCCAUCAUCGGGACAGCUGCAGCAGACCACACUGCAUGCAUAUGGAGCAUCGAGACUGGUCGACGUCUUCUCCAGUACCAGGGCCAUUUGGGUUCUGUUAACUCUAUCCGUUUCCACCCCAGCCGAGACUUAGUCCUGACCGCCAGCGGUGACCAAACAGCUCAUGUGUGGCAAGCUGUAGUCACAUGGGAUCAGCCAAAAGGACACUCUUCAGAAGAAGACAUAGAUCUGUGUGAGAAGGACGAGUAUGAAGAUGAAGUGGCUGUGUCAGAGGGAACACCCAGCCUGCGUACUCCAGUCUGUGAGUUUACGGGACAUACUGGUGUUGUGAUGGCAGCUGAUUGGUUACCAGGUGGUGAUCAAGUCAUCACGGCUUCGUGGGACCGAACAGCCAGCCUGUAUGAUGUGGAGACCAGAGAAAUGCUACAGUCAUUGAGUGGUCACGAUCAGGAACUAACCCACACUUCAUCCCAUCCUACACAGCGCCUUGUUGUCACAUCAUCGCGAGACUCUACAUUUAGACUGUGGGAUUUUCGUGAGCCAAUCCAUUCUGUCUCCGUAUUCCAGGGCCACACAGAGACAGUGACAUGUGCAGUGUUCACAAGGGAAGACAAAGUAGUAUCUGGCUCAGAUGACCGCAGUGUAAAGGUAUGGGAUCUCCGUAACAUGCGGUCAUCACUUGCCACAAUCCGGUCCGACUCGGCAGCAAACCGCCUGGCUGUCUCCAACACUGGAGUAGUGGCUAUUCCUCAUGACAACAGACAAGUGCGACUGUUUGAUCUGGGAGGCCAGCGGAUUGCGAGACUGCCUAGAACAAGUCGACAGGGUCACAGGCGCAUGGUAAGUUGCGUGGCAUGGGGAGAUGAUUCAGCAAAUCUCUCCUGCAACUUCUUCUCCUGCGGAUUUGACCGUCUCAUCCUUGGCUGGUCUGUCAACACAUGCCUCAAGGACUCAUAAUAAGCACUGCCCUCUAGAAUGUGUACAUAUGUAUCAGUAGUGAUAUUUUAUUGUAGUACUGUCACACUAUGUAUAAUCUUGUUACCCUAAUGUACCCUUUUUAGUUUAAGAGAGGAACACAUUUCAAACUGUUUCAAUGUAUACAUGUACUUAAUAAUUGUAAUUUAAGUGCGAUGUUAAUAAAUUAUCAAAGUGCUGUUAGAGAGCCCUUAAAAAUGUUA